AUGUCCGAACCGAUCAACGUUGAAUCUUCACCACCGCCGCUCACUUCCAUUCAUAUUCAUCAUGCAACACCGAGACGAAGGCUUUCAAAAUUCGGACAACUCAUGCUCAUGCAAGAACAACCGGAUGAGCCUCUCGUAGUGGGUGGAUUGGUUCUUCUCGGAAGGACUUCUUUGGGAAGCCUCAACCAUGAUGAUAGGAAUGAUUGCAAGUUCAAUCGGAAAGCCUUUGAAGAACGACUCUCGGAAAGAUUAUUGGCUCGUUUUGUACGUUUCAGAAGUUUGGUGGUGAGUGAAUGUGAAUACAUCGAUGUUGGUGUGGAGAAUGUAUGCAUGGAAAAUCAUGUCAAGUAUUGCAAAUUGAGUGAAGAAAAGUUUCAACGAAUGAGUGAAGAUGAAAUCUUGAGUGAAAUGCUAAGUGAGAUAUUUACGACACCGUUUGUUCCUGUCCGAUACGUGACAGGCUCGAAAAUGCCUCUUUGGCAAUGUUAUGUCAUUGAGAACUAUUCAAGGAAUUGUCUUGUUUUUUAA